UUUUUUUCCCCCAUUACUCAACAACAUUCGCUCGGAUCGGCUCGGCUCUUGACUCUUGCCGUUGCCACUGCCACGGAACCAGCACCAGCAAAAACACCACUACCACGACCACUGCCGCCGUCGUCGUCGUCACCUCGGCCGCCGUAUUGAUUCCUCUUGUGUGAGAAAUACGUAGGUACCUAUCUAAAAACUCGCUCCUAUGUACAUUGUACGUAGGUACAGAUACCAAAAAACCGACACCUUCAUUUCAUUUAUUACUGUGAUGUGAAGUGAAUGUGACAAAAGUGUACCCAAAAAACAAAAAUCCAAAACACCAUUUUAUUGGAACUCUGUGCAUUUUUGUUAUUGAAACAAAAUAUUACGCUUAUCAAAAUAAUAACAAACAAAUAAAAAGAAAAAAACAUUAUUAAAAGAUACAAUUAAAAAUGGGAGGCGAUAGAAAUAUUGGCCGUUGUCGUGUUAUACGAAAAAAGAUUGAAAUGGACGAUGAGAAACUUAUAGAUUGUGUCCGCAGAAAUCCCUCACUUUAUGAACUUGAUCACAAACAGUAUGGCAGUGGAGUUUCCAGGGCAAAAACAUGGAAAGCCAUUGGCGCAGAACUUAAAAGACAUCCUCUAUUCUGUAAGAAAAGAUGGGGCAACAUACGGGAUAAUUAUAAAAAAGCUAUGAAAAAAUAUAAUUCACGUCUAGCUCAAGGUUAUACCAAAUUAAAAAAAUACAAAUUCUGUGAUAAAUUAGAUUUCCUAGAAAAUCAUUUGGAUGAAAAUAUCGAAAAUAAACAUAAUAAAAAUCACGAUGAACAAUGUUCAAAUGAAACAUCCUUAGAAGUUAAAUGUGAACCAGAUAUAAUAAAUCCAGAAUUUGAUGAUAAUAGUUUGUUGUAUGAUAAUAGCAACAAUAAUUUUAAUCAUCAAGAUCAAAAUAAUCAAUAUUAUGAUGAUUAUUAUAUAAAUAUAAAUCAACCUAUAGAUUCACAAUAUGAAAGCAAUCAUAAUCACCAGAAUCGACAUCAACUGCAAUUGCAAAAUCAUCAGCAAAUUGAAGAUGAUACAACAACUGAAGAAUUUGAUAAUUAUAGUCAAGCAGAUACCAGAAUUAGUGAAGGAGUCGCAGCGGAAGGAAUAGACCUUGGAGUCGAUGAAGAAGACAAUGAAGGCGAAAAAGAAGACGAAGACGAUUGCAGCAAUUUCGUCGUCGGGAAACAACACACGUUGAAACUUGAAAAUUCUACACACUUAGGUCUGAGAAAGAGGAAGAGAAAACUAGAAGAAUCUGCUACUUGUGAAGUAUCAAAAGCAAAAUCAAUGAGAUAUAUUGUGGAGAGAGUUGAAGAAGAUAGAUUUGUUGAACGACAUCCUGUUGAUGCAUUUUUAUCGGGUAUUGCACCAACAUUGAAAAGUCUAUCGCCGUAUUACUUAAGUUUGGCCAAAACACAAAUUUAUUCAAUAGUACAAGAAUACGAAAUGGCAAUGAUCAUGGAGCAAAGGAAUGAAAAUCAUCAUCGAGUUUAACUUAGAGACAGAAAAUAUAUAUAAUUUAUAAUAAGAUAUAAUUUUAGUAUUCAAAAUUA